GGCCCCUCGGAUGCCGCCGCCGCUCAGAGCGCGCAGGGCGAGAGCCGGGAGGAGACGGGGGAGCGGCGCGGCCGAGCGGCAGUGAAUAAAAGCUCUGCAAGUCUGCAAUAAAAAUGGCCUCCAAUAAAACUACAUUGCACAAAAUGGGAAAGAAACAAAAUGGCAAAGGUAAAAAAGUUGAAGAGGCAGAGCCUGAAGAAUUUGUUGUGGAGAAAGUCCUGGACAGACGUGUUGUGAAUGGAAAGGUGGAAUACUACUUGAAGUGGAAAGGAUUUACAGAUGCUGACAACACGUGGGAGCCUGAAGAAAACUUAGAUUGUCCAGAGCUAAUUGAAGCUUUUCUGAACUCUCAGAAAGCUGGUAAAGAAAAAACAGAUGGUGCGAAAAGAAAAUCACUGUCAGAUAGCGAAUCUGAUGAUAGUAAAUCAAAGAAAAAACGUGAUUCUGUUGAUAAACCAAGAGGGUUUGCAAGGGGUCUUGAUCCUGAGAGGAUAAUUGGGGCUACGGAUAGCAGCGGAGAGCUUAUGUUCCUCAUGAAAUGGAAAGACUCAGAUGAGGCAGAUCUGGUGCUGGCCAAAGAAGCAAACGUGAAGUGUCCUCAGAUCGUAAUCGCUUUUUAUGAAGAACGACUAACUUGGCAUUCAUGCCCAGAAGAUGAAGCACAAUAAUUGUUGGCAUCACUUUUUUUAUAUAUAUAUGAAUAUUAAAACCUGAAAUUUGAUUUAUUAGCAAUGUGAGAAGCAUACAUUCUAAAAAAUUCAAAUUUGAUAUUUUUUUGAAGUAGUGUGUUUUGCAUCAACAGCAAGUAAAUAAAAGCUUUCUGCAACUCAUUUCAUUUAUCACAGGAGAGCAUUUGAUACUACUACUUCCUCCAUAUUAGGUAAAAGCUUUUAUAAAACAUUCAUAAACUUCCAUGGUUAUUAUUGAAUCUUAAUGAAUGUCUAAACAAGCUCACAGAUGUUUUGUAGUCUUCUAUACAGUUGAUGUGCAUGUAUCUUCUUUACCCAAACCUAGCCCUUUACACCUGUAGACUCAUUCUUUUUAGUAUUUGGGGUCACACGAUCCCAAGAAGACCAGGUGAAAAUUAACUUUGUAGUAAUUUGAAUGUUAUCAGACUGUAUAUUGUUUACUUUAUUGUAAAUACUGGUGAACAGUGGUCAAUAAAAUAGUUUUAUAUUCUUCCUUUAUAAUGA